UGUGGGAGGAGGCCGAGAGAGGAAGGAGGCGUAGGCUGAGGAGGAAGAGGGAGGAGGGGCAGGGAAGUCCUGACGAAGAAGAGGCCCAGGACUGCAAAGGAGACAACAGGAGGGUGCGCUGGAGCUACCCCGCUGCCCAACGGCUGUUCCGGAUCCCCUACGGCGCAAGUCAGGCAGAGACGGAGGAAAGGAGGAAGAGACUUUUAUGUCGGCAGACAGAGAAGCUCUACCCGUCACCGUUGCCUCACAUCCGGGGCUUUGGAGGGCUGGACCCGCGGCCCCGCCCCCCCCCCUCGCCUUUCAUGGCGACCGGAGGCGGAGGCUGGAAGAGCUGGGCCUGGAGGAGGCCCCUUUAAAUCUCCUUAAAGGGGCGGCCACUGAACUCGGCAGACUACAUCGGCAGCCUUAAAGGGGAAGCCAUCGAACAGAAGCUUGACAAAUUGAGAACUGUGCUGUUGGGAGAGCUGGAACGAGUGGGGAUUCUCACCGCUGUUUCUCUCUCACGCAAGAAGUCCUUUAAAAUCAGCUUAAAGGGGAAGUGGCCGCUUGUGGAGGACCAGAAACUUAACUCCCGGGCCCUUAAAGGGGCGGCCUGCUGUUUGGAGGACCCUGGACUCCUUAAAGGGGUGGCCUCUUUUAGCCGGAGGACUUGAGACACUCUUAAAGGGGAGGUCUACGUUUCGGGGCGAGCUUUCGGUCCCUUUUAAAGGGGUGGCCCUUCCUCUUCCUCGGGGAGACUUGUCUCGACCCCUGGCAGGGGGCGGCCACUGCACUAGGCCGGCCGGACACCAUCGGGUCGUCUUAAAGGGGUCAGGGGCUGGACAACUUGAGGCCUCGCCUUAAAGGGACGGCCGCCCCGUUUUCGGCGUCUCGGCCCCGCCGGCCCCACAGGGGGGGCCCUCGGGCUUGUCGCCCCGGGGGCGGCGCCGGCUCCCCGGGCCUUGGCCUUGGGGCAAGCUCGGGGCCAGUAGAUCCUGCUUUAAAGGGGAAGCCGUGGCCUUUUCGUCCCUGUGCAGCCGCCAGCGCCGCGCCUGCGACCCCGGGCCUGCGGACAGGUCGCUUCGGGCCCCGCCGCCUCCGGAUGCGGCGCUGAGGGCGGUCGCCAUGGAGACGGCAGCGGCCGCGGCUCCGGGCCCGGGCUGGGCCGCUGAGGGGGAGCGGCGGCGGCGGCGCUGCUCGCGCCGAGACCGAGACCGGGAGCAGCGGCGCCGCCGAGGUCCCGGCGGCGACGCGCCCCGGGCCCUGUUGGCCGCCCCGCGCGGCUCCUCGUCGUCCUCGUCGCCGCCACCGCCGGCCAGGCCUUGGUCGUCAGCUUCGUCUGGAGAGCGGCCCGGAGGCCCGAGACGACGGCGGCCCCGUCCCAGGCCUCGGCCCCCGCGACCCCGAGCUCGGAAGCGACCUGCCGGCUCGGGCAGCCGCGGGGAGGAAGAGGAGGAGGAGGAGGAGGGGGGCGCAGACGACGGGGAGGCCGAGGAGGAGCCUGAGGAGGAGGAAGAAGAAGAGGAGGACUUGAUCGAUGGCUUCGCCAUCGCCAGCUUCGCCAGCCUUGAGGCCUUGCAGAAGGAUGCAUCUCUUCAGCCCCCAGAGCGACUGGAACAUCGGCUGAAGCAUUCUGGGAAGCGGAAGAGGGGGGGCUCCAGUGGGGCCACUGGGGAGCCAGGGGACAGCUCUGAUCGGGAGCCUGGCCGGCCCUCUGGGGAUCGGGCCCGAAAAUGGCCCAAUAAACGGAGAAGGAAAGAGGCCUCCUCCCGUCAUUCUCUGGAAGCUGGAUACAUAUGCGAUGCAGAAAGCGAUCUGGACGAGAGGGUCUCCGAUGAUGACCUCGAUCCAUCCUUUACUGUCUCAACCAGCAAAGCCUCGGGCCCCCACGGCGCCUUCAACGGGAACUGUGAAGCAAAACUCUCCGUAGUCCCUAAAGUGUCGGGCCUGGAGCGGAGCCAGGAACAGCCCCCAGGGCCCGACCCGCUGCUAGUGCCUUUCCCCCCGAAGGAACCACCGCCUGCACCGGCCCCUCGGCCUCCUGUCUCACCCCCUGCACCCCUGCCGGCCGCCCCCAGUCUGCCACCCCCACCCCAGCCCCAGCUGCAGCUUCGGGUCUCGCCCUUCGGCCUCCGCACUUCUCCCUAUGGCAGCAGCCUGGACCUCAGCACUGGCAGCUCUUCACGGCCGCCCCCCAAGGCCCCGGCCCCUCCCGUGGCUCAGCCUCCCCCCUCAUCAUCCUCUUCGUCCUCUUCCUCCUCAUCUGCCUCCUCCUCGUCCGCGCAGCUCACCCACCGGCCCCCGACGCCCUCACUGCCCCUGCCUUUGUCCACCCACAGCUUUCCCCCCCCUGGGCUGCGGCCCCCCCCACCGCCCCCCCACCCCUCCUUGUUCUCCCCUGGCCCCACCCUGCCCCCACCCCCACCCCUGCUGCAGGUGCCAGGGCACCCUGGGGCCUCAGCCGCUAACGCCCUUUCUGAGCAGGACCUGAUCGGCCAGGACCUGAACUCUCGCUACCUGAAUGCCCAGGGUGGCCCCGAGGUGGUGGGGGCAGGGGGCUCCGCCCGGCCCCUGGCCUUCCAGUUCCACCAGCACAACCACCAGCACCAGCACACCCACCAGCACACCCACCAGCACUUCACCCCUUAUCCCCCGGGCCUGCUGCCACCCCAUGGCCCCCACAUGUUUGAGAAAUAUCCAGGAAAGAUGGAAGGCCUUUUCCGGCAUAAUCCGUACACGGCCUUCCCUCCCGCAGUGCCCGGCCUCCCUCCGGGCCUCCCGCCGGCUGUCUCCUUUGGCUCCCUGCAGGGGGCCUUCCAGCCCAAGAGCACGAACCCCGAGCUGCCACCACGACUGGGGCCAGUGCCGAGCGGGCUUCCCCAAAAGGGGACACAGAUCCCCGACCAUUUCCGGCCACCUUUGAGGAAACCAGGGAAGUGGUGUGCCAUGCACGUGCGCGUGGCUUACAUGAUCCUGAGACACCAGGAAAAGAUGAAGGGCGACUCCCACAAGCUUGACUUUCGGAACGACCUCCUGCCCUGCCUUCCGGGGCCCUAUGGGGCCCUGCCCCCUGGGCAGGAGCUCUCCCACCCGGCCGCCUCCCUCUUCACUGCGACUGGUGCCGUCCACGCUGCAGCCAACCCUUUCACCGCAGCUCCCGGGGCCCACGGAACCUUUCUGAGCCCCAGCACCCACAUUGAUCCCUUUGGGCGUCCCACAAGCUUCGCCUCUUUGGCUGCCCUCUCCAACGGGGCCUUUGGAGGCCUGGGCAGCCCCACAUUCAACUCCGGCGCCGUCUUUGCCCAGAAAGAAAGCCCAGGGGCUCCACCAGCCUUCGCCUCCCCGCCAGACCCAUGGGGCCGCCUGCACCGCAGUCCUCUGGCCUUUCCUGCCUGGGUCCGGCCCCCUGAGGCCGCCCGGACUCCAGGCUCAGACAAGGAGCGGCCUGUGGAGCGGAGAGAGCCCUCUAUCACCAAGGAGGAGAAAGACAGGGACCUCCCCUUCUCACGGCCCCAGCUCCGAGUUUCUCCUGCUACUCCCAAGGCCAGGGCUGGCGAGGAAGGGGCCAGACCGGCCAAGGAAUCAGUGCGGGUAAAGGAAGAACGGAAGGAGGAGGCCGCCGCCGCCGCUGCUGCCGCCGCCGCUGCCGCCGCCGCCGCUGCCGCCGCCGCCGCCACCACUGGGCCUCAGGGCCUUCACCUACUGUUUGAGAGGCCCCGGCCACCCCCUUUUCUGGGCCCUAGUCCCCCAGAGCGCUGCGCUGGCUUUCUGGAGCCAACCUGGUUGGCAGGGCCCCCUCGCCUUGCUAGGCCACCCCGCUUCUAUGAGGCUGGCGAGGAGCUGACUGGACCAGGGGCUGUGGCUGCCGCCCGCCUCUACGGUCUGGAGCCUGCCCACCCCCUGCUAUACAGCCGCUUGGCCCCGCCACCGCCACCUGCUGCGGCCCCGGGAACCCCUCACCUUCUCAGCAAGACCCCCCCAGGAGCCCUUUUGGGGGCACCACCUCCACUUGUGCCCGCCCCCCGGCCUAGUUCCCCACCUAGGGCCCCUGGCCCAGCCCGGGCUGACAGGUGAGGGAAGGGGAGGGGCGGGGGCCAAGCUCCAUCCCCCUUUCCUUUUGACAAGGUCCUAGAGCUGAGGUUUCAAGCCAGGGCUAGAGGGCAGAGGUCAUGACCUCACCAGCCAUCUCUGAGGUCAUGGAACCUGGGAGCAGAAGCCCCAACCCCCACAAGAUCAAGCAUCAGAUGGACCUUGGGGUCACUGGGAGGGCAGAGGUCACAAUCCUCUAGAGAGAGGGGUGUGUGUGUGAGUGUGUGUGUGCGCGCGUGUGUGUGUACAUGUGAGAGAUGAGAGUGGGGGUCAUUUCAGAGGUCAUAGCUCAUGAUCUCCUGAGGUACACCAUCGCCCCCUCUGAGGGCCCCUAGGCCCUUGGCCUGCCUCCCCAAGGGCUCACUAAGCCAGAGGCCAAAGUGCCCCCCCUCCCCUUCACCUACCACCCAAGUCCUCAUGCCCUCUCAGGGCUGGGGGAGGAGGGGCUAACGGAAGGGGGGUUCCAUGUACAUAUUUAUCUCCCCUUCCACAUAGCCCCCCAGACCUUUUGUACAUUUUUACAGGGGUGCCCCUCCCAAUAACCCCCCUUCCUGGUUAAUUAAAUCCUCAGACUGGUGCUGUGUUCCUAGCCUCUGGCCUCUCUGUGGGGGGAGGGGGGAUUGUAGAGGGAAGAGCUGGGAGGGGACAGGCAGGAACCCAGGGCUUAUCCCUGGAAAUACGGAGUCAGCAGGAGACAGAGCAACAGGGGAAGGGACCUGGGUACCUAGGCUGGAAAGAAGGGCAAACGCUUCCUGCUUGGCUAACAGCCCAGGUCCCCCCCCCCCCCCACUUGUUUCUGUUACCUCUGUGUGCCACCAUUCCCAAAAGGCUCAAAUCUCUAAGCUUCAGACUCCACCUCUUUAGUGGCUCAGUCCCCCUACUCCAUUUCCAAGUGCCCCCAGGACUCCUGGGCCCUGCUCCCCAGAACCCUGUUCCCCAGAACCCUGCCCUAGGCUGGGGGGGUGGGGGGCAGAGAAGGUCACCAUGUACCACACACCAAAGAAGGGGGUCGGCCCGGGGGUGGGCCACACAGGCAGCUUCUUCAGCAGCCUCUCGGCAGCAGUCCCAGCCUUCCCAAAGCAGCAGGCGCCCCCAGGCUGGGGCCCAACCUAGAAGGCAGGGGUCAAUUUAACAAAAACAUAACGUUGACUUUUUUUCCCCGGUGGGGCUUAUUCUGUAACAUGACUUGCGGAUAUUUAUAUAAAAAUGAGUGUUACAAUGAG